CUCCCGGGCUGCGAGCCUCAGUGCCUGCCGAGUGGCCGGAGGAGCGCUCGGUUCCCCCGGGGGGCCGCAGCCUGGGCGUGUCGGGGCGCAGGCCCGGGGGAUGCUGGGCUCGGUGAAGAUGGAGGCCCACGACCUGGCCGAGUGGAGCUACUACCCGGAGGCGGGCGAGGUGUACUCUCCGGUGACUCCCGUGCCCACCAUGGCCCCUCUCAACUCCUACAUGACCUUGAACCCUCUCAGCUCUCCCUACCCUCCAGGAGGGCUUCAGGCCUCCCCACUGCCUACAGGACCCCUGGCACCCCCAGCCCCCACAGCGCCCCUGGGGCCCACCUUCCCGGGCCUGGGUGCGGGCGGCAACGGUGGUGGAAGCAGUACUUCCGGGUAUGGCGCCCCAGGGCCCGGGCUGGCCCACGGAAAGGAGAUGGCAAAGGGGUACCGGCGGCCGCUGGCCCACGCCAAGCCACCAUAUUCCUACAUCUCUCUCAUCACCAUGGCCAUCCAGCAGGCGCCAGGCAAGAUGCUGACCCUGAGCGAGAUCUACCAGUGGAUCAUGGACCUCUUCCCAUACUACCGGGAGAACCAGCAGCGCUGGCAGAACUCCAUCCGGCACUCGCUGUCCUUCAAUGACUGCUUUGUCAAGGUGGCGCGCUCCCCAGACAAGCCGGGCAAGGGCUCCUACUGGGCCCUACACCCCAGCUCCGGGAACAUGUUUGAGAACGGCUGCUACCUUCGUCGUCAGAAACGCUUCAAGCUGGAGGAGAAGGUCAAGAAAGGAAACGGAGCUGCAUCUACCCCCAGGAGUGGAGCGGUGGGGCCGGCCACCUCCGCCGCGACUGCAGCCGCGGCCACAGCGGUCACAUCCCAGGCUCAGCCCCAGCCUGCGCCCCCUGAGCCCGAGGCCCAGAGCGGGGAGGAUGUGGGGGGUCUGGACUGCGCCUCCCCUUCUUCCUCCACGCCCUAUUUCACUGGCCUGGAGCUCCCCGGGGAACUGAAGUUGGACGCCCCCUACAACUUCAACCACCCUUUCUCUAUCAACAACCUGAUGUCAGAACAGACACCAGCCCCUUCCAAACUGGACAUGGGGUUUGGGGGCUACGGGGCCGAGAGCGGGGACCCAGGGGUCUACUACCAGAGCCUCUACUCCCGCUCCCUGCUUAAUGCGUCCUAGCGCGGUCACUGGGAGCACGGUGAUGGGGUCAGCUGGGACGGACACCAGGUUCUGGGCCCCGGUCACACUCUGCUUGUCCCGCUGAUUAACAUCUUAUUUGGUCUAGAACUGUGAUGACCCAUCGGCUGCUGUGGUAACUGCCACGGACCCCCUGGUGGGCCGCGGGGGGUGGUGGCGUGAAGGUCUCUGUGCUGGGUGUAUGGUGAAAGCUCCAGAUGGAGUGAGGCCACUGGCUGGCCCGCGGAGGCAUGGCCAUGCUGGGUGACAUCUUGUUUGGACCUUUGGAGGCUGCGAUGGACAUCUUGAUUGAUCUUUCGGCCCACUGUCCCCUGGGAUCACUUUUUUUUGGGGGGGGGGGCAGACUUCUGGGUACAAGAGAUGCCAGGUUGGCCACCAUAUCGAUCACACGAUGUCUUUUUUGACACACUGGAUGCACGGAGGGGCCACCCCACUGGCAAGGUGACGCACCGUGAUGGUCACCACAGGCCUGCCAUCACCAUCUCCUUGGUGGGGGUUGGGUGAGGGGUGGAGGUGAGGAGACCCUGUGAUUUUUCUCUGAGGCUCGCCCCCACCCUGGCCGCGAGAAAGGUCUGGUAUGGGUGUGGGGAACUCUUUACAGAGGUCAAGUUCUUGCCUGGGACUUGGGAUACUGGCUGCGUCUGACCAUUAAAAAGGCACCUUCUCGGUC